ACGGUCACGAUCCAAAGCAGAAUUGGAGCACUGAGCACACGAGCGCAGACAGCCGUCGCCAUCGUCCCUCGCAAAUUCGGUAGCGGACACAGUUUGCUUUGCUCCACCCAAACUCCCCCAACAGCCCCAGCCAAUCACCACAUUCCAAUAGGCAAUAGCUCACCAGAGCAACGACGGGAGAUCGACACGAGAGUUCAUCCCGUUGUAGAUUGCGCAUUGAUUGUCCGUCUGGAAGUCCACGCCUUGGCCAGAUCGAGAUCAAGCUAGAAGAGAUCGAGAUCAAGCUAGACGACGUGUUUUUUCAAUCGGAUCAAUCACAAGACGUGCAUGCAUUCCAGUUUCAGUGUUCCAUCUGGUCCACCCACCCAGCCGUUCAUCGAGGGACAAGUUCCCAUCCCCGACUACUUUACCACCACCACCACCACCGGAAUUCGGAAGGUACAGCCCAGCCAACCAACGGGCGUGCUCACUGCGCGGCGCCGUUGGGGUCGGCGAGCGCCAUGGGGGCGCCGAGCAGCCGCGCGCUGGCGCUGGGCGCGGCCUUCCUGCUGCUCCUCGUCGCGCUGCCCUCGGCCUUUCUCUACCUCACCACCUCCGCGGCGCCCGCGGCGGCCACCCGCGCCACGCUCCUCAACCUCAAGCCCUUCUCCGCCAGGUGCGCGCCCGCCGCCGCGGCGCCGCUCCGCGUCUUCAUGUACGACCUGCCCGCGCGCUUCCACGUCGCCAUGAUGGGGGCCGACGACGGCGCGGGGUUCCCCGCGUGGCCGCCGUCCGCGGGCGGGAUCAGGCGCCAGCACAGCGUGGAGUACUGGAUGAUGGCGUCGCUCCAGGACGGGGCCGCGGGACCGGAUGGGGGAAGGGAGGCCGUCAGGGUGCGGGAUCCUGACGCCGCCGACGCCUUCUUCGUGCCCUUCUUCUCCUCGCUCAGCUUCAACGUGCACGGCCGUAACAUGACCGACCCCGACACCGAGGCCGACCGUCUCCUGCAGGUUGAAAUUGUGGACAUUCUAUGGAAGUCUAAAUAUUGGCAACGGUCUGCAGGCCGUGACCAUGUUAUUCCUAUGCAUCACCCUAAUGCUUUCAGAUUCCUGCGAGCAAUGGUGAAUGCAUCUAUUCUAAUAGUUUCAGACUUUGGGAGAUACACAAAGGAGCUGGCUUCCCUGAGGAAAGAUGUUGUGGCACCAUAUGUGCAUGUUGUGGAUUCUUUCCUUGAUGACGAUCCACCUGAUCCAUUUGAGGCUCGUCAUACACUGCUUUUCUUUCGAGGCCGUACUGUCAGGAAAGAUGAAGGGAAGAUCCGGGCAAAACUUGGGAAGGUAUUAAAAGGUAAGGAAGGGGUGCGCUUUGAGGAUAGCAUUGCUACAGGCGACGGCAUUAAAAUAUCUACAGAAGGUAUGCGGUCGUCAAAGUUUUGUCUCCACCCUGCUGGGGACACUCCUUCCUCAUGCCGCCUGUUUGAUGCUAUAGUCAGUCAUUGUGUUCCUGUGAUAGUCAGCAGUCGCAUUGAGCUCCCUUUUGAAGAUGAGAUUGAUUACAGUGAGUUCUCCCUUUUCUUCUCGGUUGAAGAAGCUCUAAGACCUGAUUACUUACUGAACCAGCUCAGACAGAUCCCCAAAAAGAAGUGGGUUGAUAUGUGGUCGAAGCUUAAAAAUGUCUCUCAUCAUUAUGAAUUCCAGUAUCCCCCCAGGAAGGGUGAUGCGGUGAACAUGAUAUGGAGGCAGGUGAGGCACAAAAUCCCUGCAGUUAACCUUGCUAUUCACAGGAAUAGAAGACUAAAAAUUCCAGACUGGUGGGGAUAGUGUACAUAUUACCACUUCCACUGUUAGACCUCUGGUUAUUUUCGAUGUGUUAUGGAAACCACGGUCAUCGUCCAGUGUGAACCAAGUGCUCAUCUUAAGAUCGAAGGACUGAGUCCAGAACUAUUUGCUGACAGGAACUGACAUUAUCACCCUUUUUUGGUUUGUUUUGUGGCGGCUUCCUAUUUUCCCCCUGAUGCUACAAAAUAGAGGGGGCAAAUAAACUUACAGUAACAUUAUAGAGUAGACAUGCCUGACAAAUAGGAUCUAUAGCUUCUUUGUACUGGCACACUGGAAGUUUAAAUAUAUUCAGUAUAUUUCUGGUGCUGGUAGAUACAGUUCCUCUCUGUGUUUGCUUCUUUGAAUCUGUUGACUUGAAUAACGUAGGUUUUAAUA